AUGUCAACGGGUCUUUUAUUAAUGAUUCAAAAAUCACAAGCUAGUAAGGUAGUUAAAGUUCCUGCUUUAGCCGAAUCAAUUACAGAAGGCACCCUUUCGAGAUGGAAUAAAAGUAAUAUUAUUUCUGGUGAAUUUUUUCUCCGUUACGAGGUUGGCGAUUUUGUUCAGCAAGAUGAGGAAGUUGCGACAAUUGAAACCGAUAAGGUUGAUGCUCCUGUUAAUUCUCCGUAUACCGGCACGAUAGUCGAAUUAUAUGCAAAGGAAGAUGAUACUGUGUCCGUAGACCAAGAUCUUUUUAAAAUUGAAACAGGUGGAACUCCAGCAGAAGAAACAGAAACUACAAAGGAAGAAGCUAAGGAAGAACCAAAAGUGGAAAAGGAAGAACCAAAAGUGGAAAAGGAAGAACCUAAAAAGGAAGAACUAAAAGAAGAAAAGGAAGAACCUAAAAAGGAAGAACCUAAAAAGGAAGAGUCAAAAGAACGAAAAAAAGAACUUAAAGAACAAGAAAAGAUACCCUCUCCCUCACCACCAAAGACUGAUUCUAAAUCCGCUACAACCUUGUACGGUGAUCGCGAAGACCGUCAUGUAAAAAUGAAUAGGAUGCGUCUACGUAUUGCCGAAAGAUUGAAAGAGUCACAGAAUACAGCUGCAUCUUUGACUACUUUUAAUGAAAUUGAUAUGAGCAACAUUAUUGAUCUCCGUAACACUUAUAAAGAUUCAAUCAUGCAAAAACACGGUGUUAAGCUUGGAUUUAUGUCCGCAUUCGUCAAAGCGUCUGUUUUUGCACUUCAAGAAAUUCCAAUAGUCAACGCUUCUAUCGAAGGCCCUGACGGUGGAGAUACAAUUGUUUACAGAGAUUAUGUUGAUAUGAGCGUUGCAGUCGCUACACCAAAAGGUCUUGUUACUCCCGUUGUUCGAAACGCUCACCUGUUGUCUUUUAUUGAGAUCGAAAAUGCAAUCGCGGAAUUGGGUAAGAAGGCUCGGGAUGGGAAAAUUACUAUUGAAGAUAUGGCUGGAGGUACUUUCACUAUUUCAAACGGUGGAGUAUAUGGAUCGUUAUACGGUACUCCUAUUAUUAACAUGCCACAAAGUGCGAUAUUGGGAAUGCAUGCUACAAAAGAACGCCCUGUUGCGGUAAACGGAAAGGUGGAAAUUCGUCCAAUGAUGUACGUUGCUUUAACUUAUGAUCAUCGCUUAAUCGAUGGGCGUGAAGCUGUUAUUUUUUUGAAAACCAUUAAGGAGCAGAUUGAAGAUCCUCGUCGUUUGUUAUUAAGUAUUUGA